GGACCCGCCCCCUCCCCUGACCCUCUGGUUGUCUGUGAGGAUAAAGGGGCAGAGAGAGCGGGCUGGGCAAGAGCAGCCUGGACCUGCCAAGAUGCUCCCUCUGCUGGCGCUGGCCCUCCUGCUGAGCCUGGCCCCCGUGGCCCCUGCCCCAGGCCAGGCCCUGCAGCGCGCAGGCAUCGUCGGGGGCCAGGAUGCCCCUGGGAGCAGGUGGCCCUGGCAGGUGAGCCUGAGAGUCAGCCGCGGGUACUGGAGGCACCUCUGCGGGGGCUCCCUGAUCCACCCCCAGUGGGUGCUGACCGCGGCCCACUGCGUCGGACCGGAAGUCCGCGACCCCUCAUACCUCAGGGUGCAGCUGCGGGAGCAGCACCUGUAUUACCAGGACCAGCUGCUCUCCAUCAGCAGGGUCAUCCCCCACCCCAACUACUACACAGCCACGAACGGGGCGGACAUCGCUCUGCUGGAGCUGGAUGAGCCCGUGAGCAUCUCCUGCCACGUCCAGCCAGUCACGCUGCCCCCUGCGUCGGAGACCUUCCCCCCGGGGACGCAGUGCUGGGUGACGGGCUGGGGCGAUGUGGACAAUGGAAGGCGACUCCGGAGGGCCCCUGGUCUGCAAGGUGAAUGGCACCUGGCUGCAGGCAGGCGUGGUCAGCUGGGGCGACGGCUGCGCGAAGCCCAAGCGGCCGGGCAUCUACACCCGUGUCACCUCCUACCUGGACUGGAUCCACCAGUUCGUCCCCCAGGGGCCCUGAGCCUGGUCCCCAGGCCACCAUCUGGGUCAGCGGAGGAGCCAGCCCCCUCUGUCCCCACACCGCUGCUUCCAGCCGCGGAGGCGACCUUCCUGCACCUUCCCCGGCCCCCUCCCUGCUGCCCACCCCCAGUGAGCCCCCUCCCAGCUGACCCCUCUCUGCUGACCCCUCCCUGCCCUGCACACCCUGCCCCAGCCCCCUCCCCGCCCAGCUCAGGGCGCAGGCAGGGGCUGCUGACACUCAUUAAAGAGCAUGGAGAGCAGAAGGGGUCCUGCCUGUCUCUGGCUGCGGGUGUCGCUGAGGGAGGGGAGGGCCCCAGGACCCGACUGGGUGCAGCCACCGUCUCUGUGGGUCCCCCACCCCUGGGCACCCACCUGGCUGUGGGGGUGGUCCUGCCCUGCCCCUCGAGCCCAGGGCCUCUUUCUUGCACCCUGGCUUGUCUUUUUGGUGAGGUAAAAAGUACCUUUCAUGACAGAUAAAGCAACAGUCAUUGA